UUUUCCUCUUCUGGGUCCCUCUCUCUCCUCUCUCUAUCAUCACCCUCCUUCCCUUGGAAGGAAAAAACCUCUAUCCUAGCUCCCCUCUCCCUCUCCUGGCCGCCACCAUGUCAGGGCUCUACAGCCAGGGCUUCUCCCCUGCAAGAACCCUCUCGCCCCAGAUUAGGAGCAACCCCGACGCUGAUAGCCAGUACUUGGCCGAGCUUCUCGCCGAGCAUCAGAAGCUAGGGCCGUUCAUGCAGGUGUUGCCGAUAUGCAGCCGGCUGCUGAACCAAGAAAUCAUGCGGGUAUCAAGCAUGAUUCACGACCAUGGAUUCAGUGAUUUUGACAGGCGUCGGUAUAGAAGCCCUAGUCCUAUGUCUUCACCAAUCGUCCGGCCUACUCUACAUGGCAAUGGAUUUGGUCCUUGGAAUGGGCUACACCAAGAGAGAUUGGACUUUCCUCCUCCUGGAACAUGUAUGGAAUGGCAAGGUGCACCACCAAGCCCUGGCUCUUAUAUUGUCAAGAAGAUCAUACGCAUGGAAGUUCCUGUCGACUCUUACCCUAAUUUCAAUUUUGUGGGGCGCAUUCUAGGGCCAAGGGGUAAUUCUCUAAAGCGAGUUGAAGCAUCAACUGGCUGCCAUGUUUUUAUUAGAGGGAAGGGUUCCAUCAAAGAUACAGAUAAGGAGGAGAAGCUUAAAGGAAAACCUGGCUAUGAACAUCUGAAUGAGCCACUGCAUAUCUUGAUCGAGGCUGAGUUACCAGCGAAUAUCAUUGAUACAAGACUGAGACAAGCACAAGAAGUCAUGGAAGAACUGCUAAAGCCAGUGGACGAAUCACAAGAUUUCUACAAAAGGCAACAACUGAGGGAACUGGCAAUGCUGAACUCAACUCUGAGAGAAUAUAGUCCUCACCCUGGAAGCGUCUCUCCUUUCAGCAACGGUGGCAUGAAACGUGCAAAACCGAGCCAGUAGAGAAGCUAUUUCUCCACCCUUCAUUCCGUCAUGGUGUAGCAUCAACAAGGGGCCCUUGAGCUUGAGCUGUUCAUUUCGUGGGUGCUUGUGUAAGAAAAUGUAUGCAUUUGCUGAAUGGUUAGUCUGUAUAUGGAGCACGUUUUCUCCUUAGGAUGAGGAGAAAUCAAUGGCUGUUGAAAUGCCUCAAUCUUCGUGGAUCUAACGGUAACUUGUAAGGUCGUGGACAUUCAUUUUAUUCGUUAUUGACUGUUAACACUAAGUAGCUUGUGAUGCUAAGGAUAGGUGGUUUCAGGGAAGAUUAAGCCUGAGAAUGUGAGCUGUUCGUUUAGUUAUUUAAUUAGCUUGUGUUAUUGAAUUAUUCCCCAGUUGCGUUAUGGAGUUGCAAAAAUCGGACAUGAUGAGGCUUUCCGCUUUGUGAUAGUUUGAUGACAACAGCUUUGAAUGAACGAUGUGAAUUCAGAAUGUUUUGUACUC